AUGAAAGAAAAAGGUGGUCUGCCAGACCUGUCAGUCAAUUUGCCAAAUUCUAGAUUUCCUAAAUACCCGCAAUCUCGAAAAGGGAACUUAAGCCAGAAUUCCAGUACUGUAAAAUGUUUUCUUUCGGCUGAAGAAUGGGCCUUUUCUCGACAAAAGAAGAAUAGUGAGGGAAGCCUUGAAGCAAAAUUGGUAUUAAUUUCACAAUUAACUGAUCACGCAAUAGGCAUUGCCUUAGUACAAAACUUACCAAUAGCCAUAAUAUUUUUAUCAGCAACCGACAUAGCAAAAUUUGUUGAAGGAAAUGCAGACUUGGGCAUAACAGGUCAAGAUAUGGUUGCAGAAUCAUUAAUGUCUGAAAAAGUCGAAGAAAUAAUUGAAUUGGAAUUUGGCAAAUGUAAGCUUCAAACACAAGCACCCGUCAGAAAACAAAUCAAAGAUGUUAAAGAGUUGAGGAAAGAACUGCUAGAAAAAAAACUAAAAUUGAGUACAUUGGUGGCUUCCUGUGUUCUUGGUUUGGCUGGUGCAAUUGGUGUUGUUGCAGCAAAAAAAUAUGUAUUGGUGGAUUAUAAUAUUGAACGAAUAAAUCUGAAACAAGCUGCAAAAAUUACACCAGGUAGACAAGCUCUGAUGAUAAGUCUGUUAGAGGAUGUUAAUUGGAUUGAGGUGCAAAGUAUGGUUUGUAGAGAAGAGGUUGCAAAUGUUAUGGAUAAAUUGGAAGAAAUUGGUGCUACGGAUAUCUUGGUUUUCAAUUUGAUAAUUGUAGAGUCUAAUGUGUAA